AUGGCUGGCAUCUUUCGCACUAUCUAUGACUGGCUCUUAAGGAUGUUCUGGGCCACUGAGAUGGAUGUCACUAUGAUCGGCCUUCAGAAUGCCGGCAAGUCAUCUUUGCUUCGUGUGCUAGCGCUCCAUUCCGACAAUCGGGUUCAACACCAAACGAGUGCAGAAAGGCCAUGUGACUUUGAAAUGCUGGGACUUGGGUGGCCAGCCUCGGUUUCGGCCGAUGUGGGAACGGUAUUGUCGAGGUGUCAACGCGAUCAUAGAUACAUCGUGGAUGCAGCAGACCGUGAUGCACUCCCAGUGGCGGCAGAAGAACUUCAUGAUCUGAUGAAGAAGCCCACGCUGGCCACCAUCCCCCUUCUGGUCUUGGGUAACAAGUCUGAUCUUCCGGGCAAACUGUCUGUUGAUGAAAUCAUCGACGCCAUGAAUCUGAAGUCCGUCACCCAACGCGAGGUGAGCUGCUAUGGUAUAAGCGCCAAAGAAGAAACCAACCUUGACGCCGUUCUCCGCUGGCUCAUUGCUCGAGCCAGUCGGUGA